AUGUCUACCUUGCCAUCGCUUGCAGAGAUUCAAGCAUGCCAUUCUGAGCCUGAUUCGCCCCUUGCUCGUGCUCUGAGUUUACUCUUCGAACCCUCCCCAAUUCUCCUGACCACCCUCGAACCGCAACUCAGCAAUGUUAUUGCAUCCUCUCCACCUCUCACAUCCUACGACCAGCUCAUCGAUCUAGCGCUUACAGAAAUAGACAAGUGGGAUAUACCCGCCCGGUCAGAGUUUAUCUCUGGCCAUCCGCGGAUUGGGGAAAGCAAGGCCUUAUCUACUCUUAGUGCGAAGGAACAAGGCGCACAGGGAGUCAAACCAACCCCACCAGAAGUCCUAGCACGCUUGAACCACCUCAAUCCAUGUUAUGAAACAUGCUACCCAGGUUUACGGUAUAUCACAUUUGUGAAUGGUCGCAGUCGCGCUGUGAUAGCAGAGGAGAUGGAGGACGUCCUUGGCUACAGCCAUUCCUUGUCACCCGAUGAACCUGCCAUUGAGACUCUUACACCGUUGGAAAUCGGUACAACUUCGUGGUUGUCCGAGUUGAACAGGGCAGUGCAAGAUGUUGGCAGGAUCGCUAAAAGUCGACUAGAAUCAUUGGGCAUUGGCAGACUUCAAUAG